AUGCAGAACGAUCGCAAAGACGGUUCGGCCCUUUCGGGCUUGGCGCACGACGCUUCGUCCUCCUCGACAUUUUCACCAAUACGCUCGUCCUCCAACACGCUCUUCUCCUCAACAAAGUCAAGAUUGCAGCGUCAAUCUGGCUCCAGCUCCGGCUCUGGCUCCAGCACCAAUGAUGGCUCCCUUACUGACUCGGAUGGUCGAUACGCUUUUCGUCAGUCAGUCCUCGAUAUGGAAGCCCUUCUCACCUUUACAGACAACGAUCGCGACCCCGACCAUAUCUUUGAUCCCAUCCUCCCCGCAACCAAACCGCGCUUCACGCGUCCGUUUGGCAUGCCGGGCGAGCGCCUCUUCAAUCAGCAGCUCAAAUCCAUCGGUCAUGCACAGGAUCCCAACCCCACUGUCCAACCUUUUGAUAUCAUCCACAUCCCUGAAAAUGAGCCUAUCUACCAGCGCCCACAUACCACCGACGACACGCUAGCGCUCCUUCUUCCCCUCCUCAUCCUCCUCUCCACUCUGCUCUUUCUUCUUCUUCUCUUUAUCAUUCUCAUCAUCGUCGUUCGACGCAGGGCUCGCAUCUCGCUUGGUGAUUCGGACGGCCCGCUCGACGUCGGUCGGGAGGAAGAGCUUGAAGGCACGGGAGGUCUGGAUGGCAUCGAGCAGCGCUGGCUCGAGACCGUACAAGAGCCCGUUCAGCGCGGCUACCGCCGUGCCAAGGAAUGGAUCCUUGCUUACCCACCAGGAACUCAGUCGACAGACAUCACGCUCAGCCAAUUCCUCAGCAUCCAGGAAAAGGGCGUCAGUGCCUGGUCCUUUGACCCGGAUUACGAGAGCAACCCGUCCGUCUUUGUCGAAGCCAGAACCGAGAUUACCUUUAUCGCAGACGGCCAAGGCAUGGCUCCACAGGAAGGUGGCGGUGUCUGCGUUCAAAGCAAUCUGCCCCUGCCCAAGAUCAACGAGGUCUACUAUUGGGAGGUCAAGAUGUUCAACAAGCCCGACAACACCAACGUCGCCGUCGGUCUCACCACCAAGCCCUACCCGCAGUUUCGCUUGCCCGGUUGGUCCAAGUACUCGAUCGGCUACUUUUCCAGUGACGGCUUCAAAUGUCACAAUUAUCCCUUUGCAGCACAGUCCUAUGGUCCCGCCUACGGUCAAGGCGACGUGAUUGGCAUCGGCUACCGUCCGCGAACCGGAACCGUCUUCUUCACCCGCAACGGCAAGCGACUCGAAGAUGCCUUCAUCGGCCUGAAUCGCUACAAUCUCUUCCCGACUGUCGGAGCCGAUGGUGCUUGUGAGAUUCACGUCAACCUUGGUCAAGCUGGCUUCGUCUUUAUUGAGGCCAACGUCAAAAAGUGGGGGUUGGCACCCAUGGUGGGAACGCUCGCACCGCCUCCCGCCUAUGGUCAAGAGCGUGGUACGAUUCUAAUGGAGAGCGGACAGGGCAGCUCGGCGGAUGCAAAUGGAGAAGCCUCUUCAUCGACGGCUGCUCCGCCGCGAAGCGACUCGCCGCCUCCGCCCAUCUCACCUUACGAGGAGCGCUCGCCUUCGCCUUCACACAACCGCAUGCCCAGUCACGCUAGCACUCUCACACCAGCGCCAGCCCGCUCAUCCUCGCUGCGUCCCAACGGUGUAAGCGGUGCAGGCGGUGCAGCUCUCGAUGCGCCGCGUCCCACAAGUAGACCAUUGGAGCAAGAUGACUCAUCCGACGGUAGUCCACCCAAUCCGCCAACGCCGCAUCGUCUCGACAUUUCGCUCCACUCGCUGUCAGAUGCAUCUACACGAGCGGGCAGCGGACAUGCUGGUGCGGUAGAAGACUCGUACUUUCCUACGUCACCGCCGUCGCCCGCAGAUGCGCUACCGCCGCCUGCCACAUCGAACCAUUCUCCGCCUUCGUACGCCACGGCGGUCGAGCACGGCGCGCUGGGCGGUACUUCUGCCUUUCAUCACCAAGCACGUCGCGGUUCUGGCCGAACGCAUCAGCUGGCCAACGCUGUGCUGGGCAUGUUGAGUGAUCGUGGACUUUUGCAGCCUAUCAAUCGUAACAAUCCCUCACCGCAGCCAUCUCCGAACAUGGGUGGACGUGGAUAUGGUAGUUACGGCAGCGGCCAUGGCGGUGGCUUGUCCGAGGCCGAGUACGAGAGGAUGCUGAGGCAAAACACGGCGCGCAACAGCCGAAGCGCUGCUGUCAACGGCAAUGCAGCAGCGGAUUACAGCUUGCAGGGCUGGGUAAGUUGGUUGGGUUUGGGUGGCACCAGCGCCAGUGCCAGUAGCAGCUCCAGCAGUCGGACCAACAGCAGUAGGAACAGCAGCAACGGUAGAAGCGCUUCGGGGAGGAGAGCAGCGAGUGGAUCCAGAGGGUCUAGCUCAUCGAAUGUCAGCAGCUCUUCUUCUAGCCGCACUUGA